AUGAUCUACGUCGGCUUCUUCCAUUUGUGGGCUCCGAUUGUCUUCGGCAUCCUCUCCUACUGCUCCAACGCCGUCUUCAUCUUCAUCGUCGCCAACACGAGUCGUUCGGCGAUCGGAGUCUACAAGUUCAUGCUCAUGAGCUUCGGCAUCUUCGAUAUGAUGUACUCGACCGUAGACAUGCUCGUUGCGAUGGGCUCUCACAGCGAAGGAAACACCUUCUGUGUGUUCGUCACGCACGGUCCAUUUGCUGAUGUAGGAACUUCCCCUUCCUCUCCUUUCGCACUUUUGAUUUUUCUUGCAGGACACAGAGAUCGGAUUCAUCGCCCUCUGCGUCCGAUGCAUGUUCUUCUCUCUCAGCUACGGAGUUCUUGAAGUCCACUUCAUCUACCGCUACGUUGCCCUCUGCCGUCCCCAUUGGAUUCCAGCCUUCGGGAACCCGAAGUGGAUCACCGCAAUGAUCUUUGGAGUCCUCGGACAGGGCAUCGUUUGGUUCAUUUCCGUAUAUUUGUGCAUGUGGGCCGACGAUGAAAUGCGUUCGUACCUCGCAGUUCCGUUUCGCCGCGAUUACAACGCUGACGUCUACAAGGUGCCAAUUCUCGGCAGCACGUACUGGGGAGCCUCCGCCGAGCUCAUCCUCCGUUCUUCUGCCGGCAUCAUCAUCGUAACGAUCAUCUCUUGCUGGACCAUUUUUUUCUGUAUUUGGAUUGGAUACACAGUACGAACAAUAUCUGAAGAGAAGUUAGAAUGUUUAGUCGUGUUUUACAGAUCCACUCCAAGUUGAGUGUCGUUGAAAUGAGCAAGAACACGAAGAAAAUGCAUCGUAACCUGCUCAAGGCCUUGGCCAUUCAGACGUUCAUCCCGUUCGCUGUCAGCUACAUCCCCUGUGUUGUCGCCUGGACCGUUCCGGUCAUUCACGUGAACACUGGAACGUAAGAGUCCCUUUCGGUUUGGUUUCUAAUUCAUUCAUUUUCCUCAGUCUGAACAACGUGACCGCCAUCGUCGCCGUCGCCGCUUUUCCGUUCAUCGAUCCUCUCGCCAUCAUCUUCCUGCUUCCCGACUACCGUAACGCCUUCUACAAACUGUUCUUCCCGUGCCGUCUGCGCGUCGUCCGAACUAACCCCGAGAUAACUAUCGAGAGAAGCGAAAGCUCCAAGGUCUGA